AUGUCUGCCUCCUCUUCCAGAAGGAAGAGCAAGGGGCGCCCGGCCGCGGGCGGCGGCUCCCCGCGGGAUGCUCCCCUCGGAGCUGCCGCGGGCGGGCCGCUGGAGCUGCGUGUCGCCGACGCCGUGGAGGCAGGAGAUGACAAAGUCCCGAAGAUGCUGCGCAGAGCGCUGGCGCAGCUGUCGCUGAGCAGCAUGAAAUCUGCGGAUCUUUGCAUAGGGAGGCCGGCCCUGCUCACCUCUGCUGGUGGGCGGCAGGAGGUCUGUACUGCUUGGCCCACCACAGGCUUCCCAGGGGGGAAAAUUGGGCUGGUUGAAACCACUCAGAAGAACCUGAAAGUAAAUCCAGGUGAUGCCAUCACUGUGCAGCCUGUGACGGGUGCAGUCAUCCAGGCAGAGGAAAUCGAUGUGAAGUUGAGGGACAAAGAUGCCACCGUUAAUGCUGAGGAAAUGUCUGUCUGUCUGCUGAGAAACCUUGAUGGGAAAAUAGUCCUGCCAGGAAACCUCUUGGCUUUCACUUACUAUGGCAAACUUUGCAACAUCGUGGUGAUGAAAGUGAAGGGGACUGACGGCACCGAGCUGCUUGCCCAGGGCAGCGCCAUUCCCGGCGAUUCCAACGAGCCAGACCUUGAGAGGUCUGAUUUGGAGAGCAGUGCCUUAGACUUGUCCUUGCAGCUCGGCAGGAUGGGCAUUGGUGACAGUCCAGAGGUUGCCUCCACGAGCACCCCGAGCAAAGCCAUGGAUCCAGGCUCACCAGUCACCCCCAGCGCUCCAGACUCCGGGCACGGCGACAAAACCAGCAGGGGAGAUGGUGCAGACCUCACCCAGGAUCUGGAGCUGGCUGGGGAAGGCAGCACUGGGGGACUCCCACUAACUGGCAGAAUCGGAGCAGUGAGCAAUACAGAUUGUUUUUACUUCAUUUCCUCAAGAACUAAAAUCAAUUUUGUUCAACCAAGGACCAGUGUAGCAGAGGAUGGCGAGUGUCAGUCCCGGGUCACCUACGACAUGAUAGGAGGCUUAAGCAGCCAGCUCAGAACUAUUAGAGAAACUGUUGAACUGCCCUUGAAGCAACCUGAACUGUUCAAGAGCUAUGGGAUCCCUCCUCCUCGAGGAGUGCUGCUCUAUGGCCCUCCAGGAACUGGGAAGACCAUGAUUGCCAAGGCCAUCGCAAACGAGGUUGGCGCUCACGUUACUGUCAUUAACGGCCCUGAAAUCAUAAGCAAGUUUUAUGGGGAGUCUGAGUCGAGGUUACGUCAGAUAUUCGCUGAGGCUUCUCUCUGUCGCCCCUCAAUUAUAUUUAUAGAUGAGUUGGAUGCCCUCUGUCCAAAGAGAGAAGGGGCUCAGAAUGAAGUGGAAAAGAGAGUUGUUGCUUCACUGCUGACAUUAAUGGAUGGCAUUGGUUCAGAAGGCAGUGAAGGGCAGCUGUUGGUCCUUGGGGCCACCAAUCGCCCUCAUGCCCUGGAUGCAGCGCUGCGCAGGCCGGGGCGUUUCGAUAAGGAGAUAGAAAUUGGAAUUCCCAAUGCUCAGGAUCGUCUGGACAUACUCCAGAAGCUUCUCAAGAAGGUUCCCCAUUCACUCACAGCAGAGCAGUUGGCACAUCUGGCUGAUAGUGCACAUGGUUAUGUGGGUGCAGACUUGGCAGCCUUGUGCAAGGAAGCAGGUUUGUACGCGCUGCGGAGAGUGCUGGGGAAGAGGCCCGGCCUGUGGGACACCGCAGUGGCUGGGUCAGUGAUGAUUGCUUUCAAUGACUUCCUGCAGGGGAUGAAUGAUGUCAGGCCCAGCGCCAUGAGGGAGGUGGCAAUUGAUGUGCCAAAAGUAUCUUGGUCAGACAUAGGAGGAUUGGAAGAUGUCAAGCUGAAAUUGAAGCAGGCAGUGGAAUGGCCUCUCAAGCAUCCAGAGUCCUUCAUCCGAAUGGGGAUCCAGCCUCCCAAGGGUGUCCUGCUCUAUGGACCUCCUGGGUGCUCAAAAACCAUGAUAGCAAAAGCUUUGGCUCAUGAAAGUGGCCUCAACUUCUUGGCAGUGAAGGGGCCUGAGUUGAUGAAUAAAUACGUUGGUGAGUCUGAACGAGCAGUGAGAGAGAUCUUCAGGAAAGCCAGAGCAGUGUCUCCUUCAAUUCUCUUCUUUGAUGAAAUAGAUGCCUUGGCAGUAGAAAGGGGAAAGGAACAAGCAACCUGAUUUUACCUUACCUGGGACUGUCUGUGGGGUAGUAGGCCUGGCACAGCUUGCUGAAGAAUGUGGUGUGACCUGCUGCAGUCGUGUUGUGCUGGAGACAUCUGGUUUUGGAACUUUAAAAAGAACAGGGUGGGACACACAAAUAUUUCAUUGUCAAAUCUGAACCAGAUGGGAGGUAAAAUAUGUAGCAGAGUUCUCAUAAAAUUCAUCUGAAAUUAAAUGGUGUAGGAAACCAGACAAGGCACUUAUUAGAAAUGGCCCUUUUUUACAGGCUGACUUUGCACAGUAGGAAUUUGCAAAUGCACUAGAGAUGCUAACGAUUUGUGGCCUCUGGAGAUCCAUUUCCUGUACUAUUACUGACCAUGCUGAAGUUUUCAAGGAAACACCUGUUCAUAUUGUCUCCCCAUUCCCUCUGUUGGCUGAAUUAGUUUUCUUUGCCUUGGCAGUGAAGAACACUCUGUGAUACAGCUUUGUGAGAGUUUAAAUCCUCUUGGUUUAAAUCCUUGAUAGGAUGCUGUGGGCUUUGUGCAGAAUGUGCUACAUUCCAUAUCUCCUGGGUAGGCAGCCUCUCCUGAUCCUGCCAGGGUAUGUCCAGAAAUCCAGAGAAUCUGAAACUGUUAAGUUGUGGGAGUAAUUUUACGUGUAAUUCUGAUCAGAAAUAUAGAUGUGAAAUAACCUCGAGUAAAUCACUUCAUGCUUUUGUUCUUCAAAGCACCCUGCCAAGUAUUCAUUAACCCAUUAUUUAGAUUUGACUAAAGCUUGUGGUUGUUUUGCUCCCAACCUUCACUAAACAAUCCCUUCUCAGCAGCAGGGGUAUAUGAACUAAUAGAUUUUGUAAUUAAAUCAGUGUAGAGGUAGACAAAGAAAGCUAAGAAUUUUCUUGUGUGGGCCAUUCAUAAGAACUCCUUUGCAUCAGGUAGUGGAUUCUGUCACUGCACAAGCCAUUUUGCAAACACUGUGGCUGCACUCAGUUAUGCCACA